CUCCCCGCCGGGCCUCGCCGCCUCCUCUCCGCGGCACGGCGGCCCGCUCACGCCGCCGCGGCGGCUAUAAAGGGGGGCCCGCCGCCCGCCGCCCGCCUCUCCGCUCGCCGGGCCGCAGCGCGUGAGUCGGUGUCGGGCCCAGCGCCGCCCCGGGCCGGGACCGCAGGGCAGGGAGGGCACGGGAAAGCGCGGGGGCGCCGGGCGAGCGCGGCUCCGGCCCGCUCCCUUCCUGUCAGCCCGGCCGCCCCUCUCGGCGCUCAACCGCCGCCGCGUGUUAUUUAUUGCCCCGCUAGAGCCGAUCUAUUUUACGUGUAUAUAUAUAUAUAAAAAAUAUAAGCCUAGCAGAGGAGGUUUAAUUUUAAUAGAAAGGUUCGUAUAAAUAUAUACUACAGAGAGGAUUAUUUUCCCUAAUUUUUUUUUUUUUUUUUACCUCAGAAAAUCAAACGGCCUCCGCUCUGGAGAAUUGGGGCUAAAUUAGACUCUUAAAGCAAAAUAAGGGACGUGGUUGUAGGGAGAUCGAGGAGGGUUUUGCUCCAGCGCUGACGGGAGAAACUCUCAGGAGCCAGCGUAUGAAUUUUGGCUUCAGAUCCGAGCCCCGCUCUCCUGGAGGCUUAACUUUGUUUUUUUCUGAUUUCCAGGCCUCUCCUCCCCCCUCAGCUGCUCUCUGUCCUGGGGCCUGGCGUGGCGGAGCAGCCGUCCCCGGUCACGGGCCUCCUGCCAGCCCCCCUCUCUCCCAAGCUGUUUCUGCAGGCUCCUGCUUAGUGAGGCUUUUAAAUAAGGUUUUGAGUUUCCCCCCAGAUUAAAUAUUUACGUAAAGCUUGACUUAAAGAAACCCCAAGAAUAAAACCCUCUUAGUUCUCGGUGGGAGCACGUGCUGGGUGGAAGAUGAACACGGCUGCCAGCAGUUACCCGAUGGCAUCGCUGUACGUGGGUGACCUGCACCCCGAUGUCACCGAGGCCAUGCUCUACGAGAAGUUCAGCCCCGCUGGGCCUGUUCUCUCCAUUCGGGUCUGCAGGGAUAUGAUCACCCGUCGGUCCCUCGGGUAUGCCUAUGUCAACUUCCAGCAGCCAGCAGAUGCUGAGCGUGCUCUAGAUACCAUGAAUUUUGAUGUGAUCAAAGGAAAACCCAUUCGCAUCAUGUGGUCUCAGAGGGACCCCUCCUUGAGGAAGUCAGGGGUUGGGAAUGUCUUCAUUAAGAACCUGGACAAAUCCAUUGAUAACAAGGCACUUUAUGACACAUUCUCAGCGUUUGGGAAUAUUUUGUCCUGCAAGGUGGUGUGUGAUGAGAAUGGCUCUAAGGGCUACGCAUUUGUGCACUUUGAGACCCAGGAUGCUGCAGAUAGAGCCAUCGAGAAGAUGAACGGCAUGCUGCUAAACGACCGCAAAGUAUUUGUUGGGAGAUUCAAGUCUCGUAAAGAGCGGGAGGCUGAGUUGGGAGCCAAGGCAAAGGAAUUCACCAAUGUUUAUAUUAAAAACUUUGGGGAUGACAUGGAUGAUGAAAGACUAAAGGAGCUCUUCAGCAAAUAUGGUAAAACUCUGAGUGUUAAAGUGAUGACAGACCCCACCGGAAAAUCCAAAGGCUUUGGCUUUGUAAGCUUUGAAAAGCAUGAAGAUGCUAACAAGGCAGUAGAAGAAAUGAAUGGAAAGGAUAUCAAUGGGAAAAUGGUAUUUGUAGGCCGAGCACAGAAGAAGGUCGAGCGCCAGGCAGAGCUGAAACGGAAGUUUGAACAGCUAAAACAGGAGAGACUCAGCCGGUACCAGGGUGUUAACCUAUACAUUAAAAACCUAGAUGACACUAUAGAUGAUGAAAAACUGAGGAAGGAGUUCUCACCUUUUGGGUCGAUAACAAGUGCCAAGGUGAUGCUGGAAGAUGGACGGAGCAAAGGGUUUGGCUUUGUCUGCUUUUCCUCUCCAGAGGAAGCUACGAAAGCUGUGACAGAGAUGAAUGGGCGAAUUGUGGGCUCAAAGCCGUUGUAUGUUGCACUUGCACAAAGGAAAGAGGAGCGAAAGGCCCAUCUAACUAAUCAGUAUAUGCAGCGCAUUGCUGGGAUGAGAGCCUUGCCUGCCAACACAAUCAUUAAUCAGUUCCAGCCUGCUGCUGGGGGAUAUUUCAUGCCUGCUGUGCCCCAGGCUCAGAGCAGACCCGCUUACUAUGCACCCAAUCAGAUGACACAGAUGAGACCCAACCCACGCUGGCAGCAAGGGGGAAGACCUCAAGGCGUUGGCACUGCAGCGCAGAAUUUAGCUCCUCGUCCGCCUGUAGCUGCCCCUGCUCCCAGAGCGGUUCCUCCUUAUAAAUAUGCCUCAAGUGUCCGCAGCCCACACCCAGCUGUACAGCCUUUGCAGGCACCUCAGCCUGCAGUACAUGUGCAGGGACAGGAACCACUAACGGCCUCCAUGCUGGCUGCUGCCCCUCCCCAGGAGCAGAAACAGAUGCUGGGGGAACGUUUGUUCCCUCUGAUUCAAGCUAUGCACCCCAGCCUUGCAGGCAAGAUCACAGGAAUGCUGCUAGAGAUUGACAACUCAGAGCUGCUGCACAUGCUCGAGUCUCCCGAGUCCCUCCGGUCAAAGGUGGAGGAGGCCGUUGCGGUGUUGCAGGCUCACCAAGCCAAGAAAGAAGCUGCCCAGAAGGUGGGCGUGGUUGCUGCUACCUCUUAAACCAGGAAGACUGGAUGCGAAGAAGCCAAAUAGCCCCUUCAUAGACAUCAGCUCGAGAUGUUUGAAGAUUCUUUACUGUCCUGCAGAUCUCAAUGCCAUGCAUCAUAUCACAUAGUUAUAUUGCAUUUUGUAAAUUAAUCUUUAAGAUCUUAUUUAAAAAGCCGACUGAAGCUCUAGAUUUCCAAAACCAGAAUUGGGCUUGCAAGCUUUUCCUUUGUGGUCAGAACAGAGCUCCCCUUUGUGUCUUCUAAGGAGGACAUUGAGGAUUUUAGGUUGAAAGUAUUUUGUGGGUUUGGUUUUAACUGAACAAUCCAGUUUGGAAAGUCUGGAAAGCAUUUAUCAAUAAAGGAAUAAACUUUCA